CUCCAGAUAUAAGCUCGGAUGGGAGAUAAAAGCUGAACAGAAGAGAGAAAUCUUCAUCAGACUUCAUCAACGAACAGCUGAAAACUCAGAGCCAUGCUGCGCUUCAUUUUCUUCCUGAUGUGUCUUUUGCAGUUAAGGCACACAAUGCUGAGUGUUAUGGGAGCUGUCACUCCAAAACCAAUUAUCAUAAAUGGCACCUACUUAAACCCAGAAUUAGGCAAGUAUCAUGCUAGGUUGAGGACCCUCGCUCGCAGCUGCCUGGAUAUCAAAGAGAAAUAUGGCGCUUCGCAGGACGGCAUGUACAUCCUGACAACAGAGAGCGGUACAUACUACCAGACUUUCUGUGACAUGACCACAGCCGGCGGUGGCUGGACUCUGGUGGCCAGUGUCCAUGAAAACAAUAUCAAUGGGAAGUGCUCUCUUGGUGAUCGCUGGUCGAGCCAGCAGGGAAACGACCGAAACCUGCCUGAAGGAGAUGAAACAUGGUCAAACACUGUUACAUUCGGCAGCGCGGCGGCCUCUACUAGUGACGACUACAAGAAUCCUGGGUACUACGACAUCUCUGCACAAGACGUGUCAGUGUGGCAUGUUCCCAAUAAGGAGCAGCUGAAGAGCUGGACGUCUUCUGCUAUCCUGCGCUACCAUACAGAAAGCCAGUUCCUCACAGAGCAUGGUGGAAACCUUUACCACUUAUUCAAGAAAUACCCUGUGAAGUUUGGAGCAGGACAGUGUAAGAGCGAUAUGGGACCCAGCAGUCCGGUGGUGUAUGAUGCUGGAGACAAAGAUUCAACUGCAAACUUAUAUGGACCGUCUGCUGGAAAGGAGUUUGAGUCUGGCUUCAUCGCCUUCAGAAUGUUUAACGCCGAUCAAGCAGCCGUAGCCAUGUGCUCUGGAGUUAAACCUACUGAAUGCAAUCCUCAACAUUAUUGCAUUGGUGGAGGAGGAUUUUUCCCGGAGCGUAAGCAGUGUGGAGACUUCACCGCUCUGGAGCAAGCAUCUAAACAUCUCACUCAGUCCGCCGUGCUGCUCUUCUAUCGUUAAUGUCAAACAUCAAACAUCAGCACGAGCAUCUCUCAGUGUUGUUUACAGUAAAUCACAUGCUGAGCUGAACUGUGCAUGUACAAAGUUGUUAAAAUAUAAUUUCCUGUUUGACGUAUGAAUCUUUAUAUCAAUAAACCUCUGCAAAAAAUAUGUUUCCAUAGU